CGCGCAAUAAAGAAACCAUCCGUAUCAUUGGCAUGGGGACACAGUUGGAUUGAGGCGGCACUUUGGGAUAUGCCCAAUUUAUCGGCCAACUCAGAACCCCAGGCCAAUGAUAAUGGACUGGGUUCAAAACAAACGCGUGUGCCGGAUAGCUCGUCAAGGAACCAUACUGCAUUCUCCAUUGUGUUUGGACUCGCAUGGCUCGAGUUGUUGUCCGGGGCUGAAGCUAGGGAGGGGGUGCCGUCCGUAUGA